AUGGGUCGCGUGUACAAGCCCAGCAAUGUCUACAUAGCUCUGGUCAUUCUUAGGACCUGCUUCGCGCUGUAUGGGACAGGAUUCAUUCACCCGGAUGAGUACUUUCAGAAUGGAGAGGUCACGGCUGGCCCUACCCUUGGUGUUCACUCGCACUUGACCUGGGAAUGGCUGCCGGUCUUCCCGUGCCGUUCCAUCGUGCCCGUGUGGUUGACAACUGGCGUACCUUUCAUUUUAUUGAAGACACUUCUUCCGGACAGAGACCUUGCACCCAGAGUGAUAUUCACCGCGGAAAGAUUGUCAUUCUUGGGCUCGUCAUUCUUGCUUGACUUCGCGACAUAUCACUUGGUACAUGACUCUGCGAGAAUGCCAGCAUUGCUACUCCUCGGCUCGUCCUAUGUUCUCCAUACCUUCCAAGUCAGAGCUUUCUCCAACUCUAUCGAAGCCGUCCUGGUCGCAUCUUCUCUGUGGAUGCUCAAGGCGUUACUGGUUGGGGAGAGCUUGAAGUCAUACUCUGUGCAUCCUGCUCUCAUUUUGUCGGCAAUAUCCUCGGUGGCUGUUUUGGGCCUCUUUACCCGGAUAACGUUUGGGGCUUUCUUCCUUCCUCAGGCCCUCGAGGUGCUCCGAUGGAGCCUACGCGAAUCCCCCAAUUCUUUCCGCACUCUGCUGCGUUUGAUCUCCCCGGCCAUAGUCGCCGCUCUUGCCACGGGAGUGUGCAUUGCGUACGCAGACACAGCGUACUUCCAGAAUCAGCUCCGACCCAGUCACCUCGAAUUUACUCCCCUCAACUUCCUCCAGUACAAUAUGCUCCCAUCGAACCUUGCUCAACACGGACUCCACCCUCGCUGGCUGCACAUACUCGUCAACCUGCCGAUGAUCGCGACGCCUGCACUCCUUGCAUAUACGUUCGUUGCGGAGUGGGACUUGUACAGCCCGCGCAUUCGCGAGAAGACUUUGGAGGAUGACAAGCGUAAGCUUGGGGCUGUUGAGCGUAUUCAGACGGUCUUAAAUCGGUUAAGAUGGUCGGCCGUGUUGCUUCUUUCGAUUCAACCUCAUCAAGAACCCCGCUUCUUGACCCCUCUGAUAGCCCCCAUGAUUGCCUUCGUCGUCAAUAAUGGUCGCAUCUUGCGUGCGGGGAGGUUUUUCUGGGUUGUAUGGAUUGUUGCGAACAUCACCCUUGCUGUCCUCUUCGGAGUUCUCCAUCAAGGCGGUGUUGUCCCGUCCUUAUUCCGUGUACACGACAUCAUCUAUGAUCCCGUGAAUGGCUUGCCAAAGCAGAAUUUCCAUGUCGUCUACUGGAAGACCUACAUGCCUCCAAGACAUCUCCUGGCGGUGUCUAUCAAGGAUGUCAUACACAACACAGUCACCGUUUCCGACUUUUCCGGUGCAUCAUCACCCCGGGUCCUCCGGGGGCUGCAACUGCAUCCCAUUGAUACCACGCCGCUAGGUACUAUUUUGGUUGCUCCUUUCCACGCGGUACGGUUGCUGGGAGAAGCGAACUCCCGAUGCGUGGUUGAGAGAAGCCGCGUGUAUCCUCACCUCUCUCUCGAUCACAUCGGAGAAACGAUGGAAGUGGGCUGGAAGGACGGAUUCAGCCUCGGAAUAUUCGAUAUCGACAGAGAUUGCCUAACUCCUCAAAAUAUCGCUUCAACUCCGGCGAGGUAG